AUGGGAAAUUUGAGCACUGUCACUGAAUUCAUCCUGACUGCCUUUCCAGGUCUUCUGGAGAUUCAAAUAUUCCUUUUUGCAUUUCUCUCACUGACUUACAUUUUAACAGCAAUAGGGAACGUUAUCAUCAUCUCCCUCAUAUGCACAGACGAUCACCUGCAAACCCCAAUGUACUUCCUCCUCAACAAUUUGUCCUGUCUCAGUAUUUUAUACACUACAGUUGACCCCCCAAAGUUGCUAGCUUGUCUGGUAGAAGAGAAAAAGAUCAUAUCCUUUGCUGGCUGCAUGACUCAAGCGUUUUUCUACUUCUUCCUGGAAGUACAGUUUCUCCUCUUGGCAAUCAUGUCCUUUGAUUGCUACGUGGCCAACUGUAAUGCUCUGUGCUACACCAUCAUCAUUAACAGUAGAGCCUGCCUCCUGCUGGUUCUUGGAUGCUGGGUGGGAGCCCCUGUGUUGGUACCAACCAUUGUAGUAACAAGGCUACCUUACUGUAGGGAAGAAAUUAAUCAUUUUUUCUGUGACAUUGCCCCUCUUCUACAGGUGGCCAGUGUAGAUACUCACAUUGAGAAGAUAAACUUUCUCCCCUCUGCCCUUGUCAUUCUGAGUUCCCUGGCAUUCACUACUGGACCCUAUGCCUACAUCAUUUCUACCAUCCUGUACAUCCCCUCAGCCCAAGGCCAUCAGAAAGCUUUUUCUACCUGUGCUUCUCACAUUGCAGUCAUCUCCAUUGUUUAUGGCAGCAACAUCAUUGUGUAUGCAAGACCAAACCAGACACAUUCACUGGAUUUUGACAAGGUCACUGUUGUUCUCACUACAGUAGUAACACCCCUCCUGAACUGUUUCAUCUACAGGUUGAGGAUUGGAAAGGUAAAAGAAGCGUUAGAGACAAAGGACAGAAUUGUGUCCUUGAUACUAAGGAAAACUCACCACUGGUGUUUACUAUAUCACAAAGCAUUUCUUAUCUUCAGCACUUUCAUUCUGCUUGAAAACAGUGGUAUAAUAGUAUGCCAGAAACUUGAGACCAUAUCUACAGGAUGA